AUAUAUAUACAUCAAUAAUUAAUCGAAAAAAGCUCGAAGGCAACCAAUUCACAGAAACAAAAACACAAACACCUUUUGCUCAUUAAAAACUCCGCAACCUCCCACUCACUGCCCCUCAUCCUGCUCACUGGCCCUGCUGAAUAAUGUCAUCGAUUUACGUGUCAGAGCCACCAACGAAAGGCAAGGUAAUACUAAACACAACGUACGGACCUUUAGACAUCGAGCUCUGGCCUAAAGAAGCACCGAAAGCUGUUAGAAACUUCGUCCAACUCUGCCUCGAAGGUUACUAUGAUAAAACCAUCUUUCACCGUAUUAUUAAGGGCUUUCUUGUUCAAGGCGGCGACCCUACUGGCACUGGCACAGGUGGUGAAAGUAUAUAUGGAAGUGUGUUCGCCGAUGAGUAUCAUUCGCGUCUGAGGUUUAACCAUAGAGGGCUAGUUGCAUGCGCAAAUGCAGGUAGGCCGCAUUCAAAUGGAAGUCAGUUUUUUAUCUCGUUGGAAAAGUGUGAUUGGCUUGAUAAGAAGAAUACUAUUUUCGGAAAGGUUACUGGGGACUCGGUAUAUAAUCUUCUGUCACUUGGUGAGGUUGAAACUAAUAAGGACAAUGAUUGGCCAUUAGAUCCACCUCCAAGAAUAAUAUCAGUUGAGGUACUGUGGAACCCUUUUGAAGAUAUCAUUCCAAGGGUAACUCCCAAGCCCUCAAACAAACCUGCAACUGAUACUGAAAAUAAAGAUUCAAAGAAGAAAGCUGUGAAAAAGCUGAACUUGCUUUCGUUUGGAGAAGAAGCUGAAGAAGAGGAGAAGGAAUUGGCAGCUGUGAAGCAAAAGAUCAAGAGCAGUCAUGAUGUAUUGAAUGAUCCUCGUCUCCUAAAAGAAGAAAAUCCGAGUAAAGACACGAACUCUUCUGAAGGUAAAACAACUAGGGAUAUUCAGUUAUCUGUUAAAGAAGCUCUAAGCUCAAAGAAAGGCACUUUAUCUGUUAAAGAAGGUCCAAGCUCGAAGAAAGAAGCAUCAUGGAGAGAUUCAGCAGCUGAAUUUUCCAACAGUGAUGAUAAUGAAGAAGAUGAGGGCAUGUUUGAUGCACGAAUGCGCCAGCAAAUACUUCAAAAAAGGAAGGAGCUUGGGGAUGUUCCACCAAAGCCAAAGCAAAAUGGGAGCUCUAGCUCAAAGGAUCGUCAAGUCUCUGCAAGAUCCAAUAGUGAAAGCUUCAAUGAUGACCAACCAAAGGUGGAAAAAUUGUCAAUGAAGAAAAAGGGAGUAGGAUCAGAGGCCAGGGCUGCACGUAUGGCUAAUGCAGAUGCAGACUUACAGUUGUUGGGUGAAACUGAACGAGGAAGACUAUUGCAGAAACAAAAGAAGCGCCGACUUCAAGGGCGCGAGGAUGAUGUUUUAGCAAAACUUGAAAUGUUUAAAAAGGCCCUCUCUACAAAGGCUGAUGCCUCAAAGAGCGAAUCUGGAGAUGCUGAUAAUGAAGAUUUGUCUGACUGGAGAACUGUCCCCCUAACAUUUGCACAUGAACGUGGCAAGGAUGGUAUGUCUCGCAAAGAGGAUCCAAAUGACUAUGUUGUGCAUGACCCUCUUUUGGAGAAAGGGAAAGAGAAAUUUAACCGGAUGCAAGCCAAGCAAAAGAGACGAGAACGAGAAUGGGCUGGAAAAUCCCUUGCUUAGACUCUAAUAUGAAAUAUGCAAGAUGAGUUGGUUAACUUGCCUCCUUAUAUUUGCUCAUAGUUGGCUACAGAUAAUUCAUUAUUUCUGGCCAAAGUCAUUAGAAACUAUGGGAGCUGGUUCCUGGAGUUGCAUUGUUGACCUACAAUGUGUUCUCAUAUGUGAGGUUCACUUGAUGAGACCACCGUUUUUACCUGGAAACGAUGCUACUGAGCAGCUGCCUCAUGCUAUAAUCUUCGGUACUUGCUCUUUUAAAUUGCAUUUUCCUGCCUUUUUCCUAACUUAAACCUGUCAAAUUAACUUUGGUAACAGUACUAACUGUUGUACAUCUGUUAAAUAUGUGUGAUUAUUAGAUUGGAUUUGGAAACAA